AUGGCCAGAUUAUUGAAUUCUUUGGUCAAAUUUCAGUAUCCGGUAUUGUCACCUACUUGUAAACGUGAUACCUAUGCUAAUACUUGUAUUCACAGAUACUACUGGAAAACGGAUCAGGAUGGUCAGGUGCCGAAACACGCAUUGGUAGCUGGAAUCUCGAAGUACAAGGAACCUCUGUAUGUGGUCCGGGCCUGCAUCGAUGGCCAGUUCAUAGUGGGCAAAGUGGUCGAAGGAGGGGAUUGUGCCUAUUUUCCCUUCAGAGACUCAGAGCUCAGUCGGAACGUAUACGAAGUCUUGGUAUGGAACAAAAAGGCGUAG